AUGGCGUCGCUAGCUCCCCUGAAGGAGAAGAAGCUCAUGGAGGUGCAACUGGCCGAGCUGCCCCGCUGGCUGCUCGCGCAGGAUUUCAGCCCCAGCAGCAUCGCGGGCGCCUUCGGGAGAGGCUCUGAGCGCUACCACAGCAAGUACAUCAACGUGCGGAAGGGCAGCGUGUCGGGCAUCACCAUGGUGCUGGCGGCCUACGUGCUCUUCAGCUACGGCCUGGCCUACAAGGAGCUCAAACACGAGAGCUGGCGGAAGUACCACUGA